CUAUUCGCACGCGCUGGGCAGCUCCCGGCACUGUUGCUCUUGGCCACGGGGCGGGGUCCAUCCACUCAUCCAGGCUGCGGUUUCCCCCCUUCUUUUCCAAGUAAGUAGUAGCUCAAAAAUCGAAGAAAAUAAAGAACUCGUAAAGGGACGGCGUCUAACCAGGGGCGGAAGACAGGGCACAAUGCCAUCCUUCCCUGCAGAAGCUGAAAUGGAAACAAUAUCUUCUCAUUUCUCAAAAAACUGCAUCUCCAAUGGAGGCCUGGAGAAGGACACUUGUAAUAAUACUGAGAAAGAAAGGAAGUGGAUCAGACCUGACAACCCAAGCAAGUGUACCUGGGAGCUUGGAAAAUCUUCCUCUGAAUCACCCCAUCAUCAUGUUACUGUAUCAAAACCUCCAAAUAUUAUGCCAGACAUCCUGAAGAAAAUUGGUGAUACUCCCCUGGUGCGAAUCAACAAGAUUGGGAAGCUCUUUGGACUUAAAUGUGAACUUUUAGCAAAAUGUGAGUUUUUUAAUGCUGGAGGGAGUGUGAAAGACCGAAUCAGCCUAAGGAUGGUGGAAGAUGCUGAAAGGGAAGGGAUUUUGAAACCUGGGGACACUAUCAUUGAACCAACCUCAGGAAACACAGGAAUUGGAUUGGCUCUGGCAGCUGCAGUGAAAGGCUACCGCUGCAUCAUUGUCAUGCCAGAGAAAAUGAGCAUGGAGAAGGUUGAUGUGCUGAGAGCUCUUGGGGCUGAAAUUGUGAGGACUCCAACUACUGCCAGAUUUGACUCUCCAGAGUCUCAUGUUGGGGUGGCAUGGAGACUGAAAAAUGAAAUCCCCAACUCUCACAUAUUGGAUCAGUACCGAAAUGCCAGUAAUCCCCUGGCACAUUAUGACACAACAGCUGAGGAGAUCCUGCAGCAGUGUGAAGGAACAGUAGAUAUGGUUGUAGCUGGAGCAGGCACAGGGGGUACCAUCACUGGCAUUGCCAGAAAACUAAAGGAAAAAUGCCCUGGUUGCAAAAUUAUAGGUGUUGAUCCUGAAGGAUCCACUCUUGCGGAGCCAGAAGGCCUAAAUGUCACAGACAAGACAACUUACGAGGUGGAAGGGAUCGGAUAUGAUUUCAUCCCUACAGUUCUGGACAGAUCACUGGUGGACAAGUGGUAUAAAUGCAGUGAUGAGGAAUCAUUUUCAUUUGCACGGAUGCUAAUCCGAGAUGAAGGAUUGCUAUGUGGUGGCAGCUCAGGCAGUGCCAUGUCUGUAGCUGUGAAGGCAGCCAAACAACUGCAGGAGGGUCAACGCUGUGUUGUCAUCCUUCCUGACUCUGUCAGGAAUUACAUGUCCAAGUUCUUAAGUGACAAAUGGAUGAUUCAGAAAGGUUUCAUGAAAGAAGAGGAUGACAUUAUUAACAAACCUUGGUGGUGGCACUUGAAAGUUCAAGAAUUAUGUCUGUCUGCCCCCCUGACAGUGCUACCAAGUGUCACCUGUGAAAAGACUAUUGAAAUACUUCGAGAAAAGGGAUUUGAUCAGGUUCCUGUUGUUGAUGAAUCUGGUGUGAUUUUGGGCAUGGUUACCCUUGGCAACAUGCUUUCUUCAGUGCUUGCUGGUAAAGUGCAGCCAUCAGACAAAGUCAGUAAAGUAAUCUACAAACAGUUCAAAAAGCUCUCAAUUGAAUCAUCAUGCAAAAUGUAUAGUGUGAUUCAUCUGCAAGACAACUUGGGGAAGCUGUCUCAUAUCUUGGAAAUAGACCACUUUGCUCUGGUGGUACACGAACAGAUUCAGUAUCACAGCGAUGGCAAAUCCAGUAAAAGGCAAAUGGUAUUCGGUGUUGUUACAGCAAUCGAUUUGCUUAACUUUGUGACUGCCCGAGAACGGCAAAGAAAGGCAAUUUAAAUUCAAGAAGCACUUUGGCAGCUUGGUAUCUACUUCCUCCCCCCCUCUAUUUUUAUUAGAACAAUCUUAAAGUUUUGUUUUGGUCUAAAGAAUAAAGUGAAAGUUUUACCUGGA